UGCACACCGUGCGCGGGGACGCUGAGGGUGGGCUGGCCGCCAGGUACAGGUUCACGCUCCAGCCAGUCCUCCCUCCCAGCCUGCGCGCCAUCGGGAUUGGCGCUGCGGGUUCUGGUGCCAUCACACUCGGCCGCGACAGCGCCACUGCUGCUCAUGCGACCGGCAUCUUCAACAAGAAGGUGUCGAGGCGGCUGUUUUCACUGCACCCGGUCGACGGUGCUCCACCUCAAAUAGAGCUGCUCGGCAGCUCUGCGCAGCUCCGCGUGCUUCGCGAGGGGCAAGACUUGCACGCCUCGACCACCCAGCGCGUCGACCUGCUGGCGGGAGACCUCCUCCGAGUCCUCGUGGAGGAUGAGGUUAUCGCGGCGUGGCGGCUCGAGGAGGCAGAGGCGGUGGCGGCAGCUCCCAUGCCUGACACCGAGGCGAGCGAGGAGGACAAGGUGGCGGCGAUCGCGGCAGCUCCUGUCCCAGUGCCUGACGCCGAGGUGGGCGAGGAGGCAGAGGCGGCAGCUGGGCCGGAGAAUGUGAGCGACGACGCGUCUUACGUCUCGCUGCGCGCGAUGCUGGGCGAGCGGCCGUCAGAGGCGCUGCUGCGGACACUGCUGGCCGAGGCCGGAGGCGACGUGUCGACUGCGGCGAACACCUUCUUCGACGCCGGCGAGCACGGCCGCAUCCCGAGCGCCAAGAGGCAGUGCACCCUCUCCGCCUUUUUUGGCGGCCGCCGCGAGAGCGCUACUUCCUCCGCCGCCGCGGUGGCACCCGCGCCGCCCCUCGCCUCGCCAGAGCGCAAGCGCGGCUCGGCGCCAAUCGACCUGACUGGCGCCUCGCCCUCUUCCCUCCCGAUGGCCGCCGCCCCGUCGCCUGCUCGCGAUCUAACUCCGGCCGUGGCCGCGCCUGCGACUCACGGGCCCUCUGCGCUGCCACCACCGCCCUCUGAGGCAGAGCCGCCGCCGACCUGCCGCACGGAGCUGACCGAGGCCCUCCACCUCUACUCGCCUGGCGCGGCGGGGUGGCCGUCGGCCGCGCCGGUGCCGUACUCGCACAUCGCCGCCGCCCUCGACGCGGUCUCGGCGACGCGCUCGCGCCUCACGAAGGAGCUGGUGCUGACCAACUUCUUCCGCGCGUGCCUCGCGCUAGACGCGUCGCCCGGCUGCCUCGAGGCGUGCUGCUACCUGCUCAGCCCCGCCAAGGACGCGCAGUCGGGCGGACACCGCCUCCGGCCCGACUGGUCCACCGACGCGCGCCCGCUCGGCCUGUCGCACGGCGCGAUCACAAGCGCCAUCCUCGAGGCGACCAACGCGCCGCGCGCAGAGUACUCCGCCGCGUACGCAAAACUGCGCGACUCGGGCGACGCCGCGCUCGCGGUGCGGGACGGGCACGCCGGCAGCGGCCGCCAGACGUUCCUGAAGAGGCCGGCGCGCGGCAUCCUCGAGAAGCUCCGCGGCCUCGCGACGCUCGGCGGCGCCGGCGUCGAGAAGGCAAAGGCGACGAGGCUCAGCCACAUGCUCCGCGCCGCCGCCGGCAGCGAGAUCAAGUGGCUGGACGCCAUCCGCGGUGCGUAUUCGCUACGGCCGGACGUGAGCGUCCUUGUCGAGGCGCUGCGGCUUGCGGACGCGCCGCGCGCGCCCGAGCCGCUCGCCGCCUUUCGAGGCGCGCUCUCCGCCGCGUGCUCGCUCGCGCCCGGGGUGCCGUCGCAGCCCAUGCUCGCCAGCCUAGAUGCUGAACUUGGGCCUGGCGUCUACUGGCAAGCACUCGGGCGGCAGCUCGCCAGGCCCUGCUCCUCCAUCGCCGACGCGCUCAAGCUCCUGCGCGGUCCGGGUGGCGGGCCGGCGGCCUUUGCGGCGGAGCACAAGUAUGACGGACAGCGCGCGCAGCUCCACCGCGCCCCGUGCGGCAGCGCGGGCGCCCCGGGAGCUCCCGCGCUGGGCACGUUCCAAUCGCUCUCGACGCGCAAGCGCAAGGGCGUCACCACCGGCAACGCCGCCGCGGCCUCGGUUCCGGUCUGCCUCUUCCUCUUCGACCUCCUCCUUCUCGGCGAUGAGUCGCUCCUCGCACGGCCGCUGCGCGCGCGCCGCGACGCGCUCCGCGCCGAGUUUGCACCGAUCGAGAGCGCCGUCAGCUUCGCCGCCAGCCGGCUGGACGCGGCGUACGAGCCGAGCUGGGGCACGCGCCGCUCGGACGGGUGGGUCAAGUGCAAGAAGGAUUACAUCGACGGAAUGGGGGACUCGCUCGACCUCGUGCCGAUUGGCGGGUGGCGCGGGCAGGGACGCAAGAAGAGGUGGGUCUCCCCGUGGCUGAUGGCGACCUACGACGCGGCGAGCGGCACCUACGGUUCGGUGUGCCGCGUGAUGAGCGGCUUCAGCGACGCCUUUUACAGGGAAAACACGAUCAAGCCGGCGGACGUCGAGACAGGCGAGCGCGCGCAGUACUGGUUCACGCCGUGCGAGGUGUGGGAGGUGCGCGGGGCCGACUUUACCAUCUCGCCCGUGCACAUGGCUGCUGCUGGCCUCGUGCACCCGACGCGUGGCCUCUCGAUGCGUUUCCCGCGCUUUGUGCGCAAGCGUCCCGACAAGCGCUUGAGCGACGCGACGACGCCGGAGCAGCUUGCCGGCCUCUACCGCAAGCAGACACAGGGCCAGGCGGAGGACUGA